AGUUUAAGCGUUUGGUUCGACCUGGACGUCUUUAUAGUGGAAUCUAAGAUUACUAGCUUUGAGGUUAUAGUGUCAGUUAGAGUCCAUAGUGGAAUUUUAGAUUUUGGUUUUGAUUUUGUUACUCGAGAUGUGUUUCCACUGGUAUAUACCGUGAAUUUGGACGUGACAUUGUUUUUAAAAGUAGUUUGGUUGCGAGGAGUCUUUAAUGGGGAGUGAAGAAGUUGAUAACAAGUUCACUUGGGUGAUUAAGAAUUUCUCCUCUUUGCAAUAUGAGAAAAUCUAUUCUGAUCCAUUUGUGAUUGGUGGCUGCAAAUGGCAUCUUCUGGCCUAUCCCAAGGGAAAUAAAUUUAAUAAUUGUUUGUCUCUGUAUCUGGUGGUUGAUGAUUCUAGAGCAUUGCCUUGUGGAUAGAGAAGAUAUGCACAAUUCUCCUUAACUUUAAUAAAUCAACUUACGGAAAAACUCUCCCAACGAGGAGAGAAACAAAAUUGGUUUAAUCAGAGAAAUCUUGGCUCGGGUUUUACAUCUCUGAUCCCUCUUUCCAACCUUCAUGCCAAAAAUGCUGGGUAUCUUGUGAACGGAGAAGUCAAGAUUGUUGUGGAGAUCAAUGAUCUUGAAGUUAUUGGCAAAUUAGAUGUAUCAGAAGAAUCUGAAGAGACUUCACCAGUUAAGGAAAGCAUUGAUGUCAAUGGGUUUCAAGUUCUUCCUUCACAGGUAGAAUCUGUGAAGUGUAUAUUUGAAAGACAUCCAGACUUUGCAUCAAACUUCCGUCCAAAGAAUCGGCACUUGAAGUCAACAUACAUGAAUGUCCUCUUAGGACUAAUUAAGACGUUGUGCCAGUUACCUGAGGAGCUCUCGGAUGAUGAUCUUGACGAAGCAUCCGUUGCAGUGUCAUACGUGGAAAAUGGAGGGUUUAAGUUGGAUUGGUUGGAGAAGAUGCCCGCAGAAGUUAAGGAAAAGAAGAAAAAAGUAGAGACCGGUAAGGCUCGACUGCAAGAAACGGAGGAAGAGUUGCAGAAAUUAAAUAAGAAAUGCUUAGAGCUGAAAGCUUUUCUGGAGAAAGAGAAUGCAGAUGUGUCAGAGGCCAAUGUUCCUCUGUCGUUCGAUGAUGUUGUUUGAUGUUAUUGUGUCACAGAAU